GGUGUGAGUUCAACGUAGGUUUCUCUCUCUCUCUCUCUCUCUCAAAUUCUAAAUGGCGAGCUCUUUCUCCUACUCUUCCAGCACUCCCCGUCUAAAUUCCCACCAUCGAACCAUCAUUUUCCCGCCAAAUUAUCAUGGGAAAAUCAAUAUAAUCUGUUGUAACGGGAAGAAUCCAUCAGGCAAUUCGCCUGCCAGACAAGAAUCCGAACCUGAGAAUGCCGUUCUGAAGCUAGCUUGGUACGGCUCUGAGCUUCUUGGAAUCGCCGCUUCAUUUUUCCGUUCACCUUCAACUACUGAAGCUCCCCAAGGGGAACGCACGCUUGGUGCUGACGGGUUAGGAAGCAUUGAACGUGCCAUGGUUGUGGACGUCAUCAAAGAGGAUUUCCAAAGAUCGUAUUUCGUUACAGGAAAUCUCACACUCAAUGCAUAUGAAGAGGAUUGUGAAUUUGCCGAUCCUGCUGGUUCCUUUAGAGGACUUGCACGUUUCAAGAGAAACUGUACAAAUUUUGGAUUGCUUAUUGAAAAGUCAAAUAUGAAGCUUACCAAGUGGGAAGAUUAUGAGGAUAAGGGAAUUGGACAUUGGAGAUUUAGCUGUAUCAUGUCAUUUCCUUGGAGGCCUAUUCUUUCUGCUACUGGAUAUACAGAGUACUAUUUUGAUGCACAAUCUGGAAGAGUAUGCAGGCAUGUAGAACACUGGAAUGUUCCCAAAAUGGCACUUUUAAAGCAGCUUCUGAAACCCAGUCGGGGAUUUUGGUUUGGUAAAAGAACCACUUCAUGAAGAAUAAUAUACGAACCUUUAUCACUAGGAACAAUAGGUACGCAAUUGAUGAGAAUUCUACUAAGAAUUGUGAAGUUUAGUGAGAAUUGGACUAGUUUGAGUGUUAGCUAGUGAUAAUAACAACUUCCAAUCUUGGUGUAAUUAAUUGGUCGCAAAACAUGCUAGAGCUAAAUCCAAAAAAAAAAGUCUUAAUUCAUGGAGACCAUAAUUGAAACUAUUUUUGUUUCCUGUC